UUUGAAGUGCAACAAGCUCUUACAAUAUUUAAUCUGCAGAAGUUUUUGCUCCAGAUUUUUCCAUAACACGCAAUGGAAAACACUUGUAGCCCUCAUCUCUAUACCAAAAUCCGACCAACUCUUGCACUAUUCUACUUCUCCUAUAGCCAGUUCCUCCUCUCCGCCGUUGCCGGUGACUCAACGUUUACAUACACUCCAGCAGAGAACAUAUUUCUUGCUUGUGGCUCCCCUGACAAAUCGGUUUCUCAAGAUGGCCGAAACUUGACUGGAGAUAUCAACUCUGAAUAUUUUUCCUCGCUCCAAGCCCAAAACAACAAAUCAAUAUUCUCUGACUCACCUCAACAACCCAGAAGAAGUUUAGAGAAAUUCUAUGGGAAAACCAGACUCUCUUAUGCGCCAUUCACCUACAUAUUCAACAUCACGCCCGGUCAAAAGUUCAUCCGCUUGUAUUUCUUCGCUACUUCGUAUCCGAACUUUGAUAGCUCUGAAGAUUUCUUCUCUGUUCAAGCCAAUUCCUUUACCCUUCUUAAAAACUUUAGUGCUUCAUUAACAGCUGCUGCUGAUCUUGACGGCCAAGAUACCGUUUCAAAAGAAUACUGCAUUAACGUCGAAGAAGAUGGGUUAAACAUAACCUUCACUCCCAGUCCAGACCACAAACAAGCAUAUGCUUUUAUCAACGGGAUUGAAAUAGUAUCCAUGCCCCCUAAUCUUUAUUUCACGGAGACAGAAGGUAUAAAUGGUCCAUUCAAAUUUCUUGGCUAGGUGAUGAAUCCGUUCAGUAUUGAAACCAGCAAUGCCCUUGAGACCGUAUACAGAAUAAAUGUCGCCGGGAAACAAAUCACGCCCAUAGAGGACACCGGUAUGUAUAGAAACUGGAUUGUGGACGACCGCUACUUGAGAGAUGCUAGACCAGGUGUUAAAGUCGUCAACGUUACUAUUAGCCCCAGGUUCGACGCGAUACCGAAUUACACUGCUCCAGUUGUAGUCUAUCAAACAGCCAUGUCGAUGGGGAAGGACGAGAAUGUUAACCAGAAUUAUAGACUCACUUGGGAGUUUCCCGUGGAUUCCGGGUUUACGUAUUUUGUCAGGCUUCAUUUUUGCGAGGUUCAGAUAGAGAUAACAGAUAAUAGUCGUAGAAGGUUUGAAAUCUACAUAGCUAAUCAAACUGCCGAGACUCGAGCUGACAUAUUUGAAUGGAGCGGUGGAAAUGGUAUUCCUGUAUACAGUCAGUACGCUGUUAUGAUAGCAGCAAAAGGAGAUGAAAAGAAGCAGAAUCUCUCUAUCGCACUGCACCCAGCGCUCAUAUGGAUGACAAAUUAUUCUGAUGCCAUCUUGAAUGGCCUUGAAAUCUUCAAAGUGGACAGCUUCAAAAAUCUCGCAGGACCUAAUCCUGACCUGAUCCCCUCACUUUCGGUUCCAGAGACAAACCUGCAAUCAACAAAACCGAAGAACAAAAGUACAACGAUAAUAGCCAUCGUUGCUGGUGUUGCAUCCGGCUUUGUUGUACUUUCUCUUUUAUUAUUGUUAAUAUUCCGGCGAGCAAGGCUAGUCAAUGACUGGGGUUCCAGCACUGCUGGGACUUCAUUCUGGGCCCCAUUUUCUACUUCUACGACCAAGUCAACCAAGUCCCGUGGCUUAUCUCUACCGUCCGAUCUUUGUACCCGCUUUUCACUAUCCGAGAUCAAAGCGGCGUCAAACAACUUCGAUGAUGCAUUCAUUAUUGGCGUUGGAGGGUUUGGUAAUGUGUAUAAGGGCUACAUUAAUGAUGGGUCCACACCUGUUGCAAUCAAACGGCUGAAUCCGGGGUCACAACAGGGGGCCCUGGAAUUCAAUGCCGAGAUCGAUUUGCUCUCCCGGCUUAGGCACCUUCACUUGGUGUCUCUCAUUGGCUAUUGCAACGAUCAUGGAGAGAUGAUCCUCGUGUAUGAUUACAUGUCUCGUGGGACCCUACGUGAUCAUCUCUAUAACAGUGAUAAUCCUCCUCUUCCGUGGAAUCAACGACUCGAGAUUUGUAUUGGUGCAGCACGGGGGCUACAUUAUCUUCACACUGGCGCGAAGCACGUCAUCAUUCACCGUGAUGUGAAGACAACAAAUAUUUUGUUGGAUGAGCAAUGGGUCGCCAAGGUUUCCGAUUUUGGGUUAUCAAGAUUGGGACCCACGACCAUGUCACAAACACACGUCAGCACAGUUGUGAAGGGUAGUUUUGGGUAUUUAGAUCCCGAGUAUUAUAGACUUCAGCAUUUGACUGAGAAUUCUGACGUGUACUCAUUUGGUGUUGUGUUAUUGGAAGUUUUGUGUGCGAGGGCGCCUAUACUUCGAACUGUGGAUAAGAAGCAAGUGAGUUUAGCCGUUUGGGCUCGACAAUGUUACUGCAGUGAGACGGUUCAUGAGAUUAUUGAUCCGUUUUUGAAGGGUAUGAUAGCGCCGGAGUGCUUGAAGAAAUUUGCAGAGGUGGCAAUGAGUUGCCUGGAUGAUAAUGGAACAAGACGGCCAUCGAUGAGUGACGUGGUGUGGGGUCUUGAGUUUGCAUUGCAAUUACAGGAGACGGCAGAGAAGCAUUAGAAGUUUGGGGAUGAUAAGGAGGAUAGAAAGAAGGGCGAGGUUGAUGAUGAGGAGAUAUGUUUAUUGAAAUAUGAAUCAGAUGUUGAUAGCGGGAGUUUGUUCAGUAGCAUUGGAGAACAUGUGUUUGAUUUGAAGAGCGCUAGUACGGUGACACUAUCAACCAGUGAUGAUCAAAGCUUUUCUACUAAAAGUUCUGGUAGUAGACACGUUUCAGGAGCUGUCUUCUCCGAGAUCAUGAACCCACAAGGGCGAUAAGUUAGAUUGAAAGUCUCUUCGUCCUGUCUUGAUAAAUAGAGGUUAUAUUUUCACUAGUUUAUUUUUCGUCUGGAAAUUUGGACUCAAUCACGGUAAGACUUGGAUAUGUUAGACGUAGUUUCUAUGUUUUAUAGCAAUCAUGUACUUUUUCUGUGUAAUUGCAUGCUUUAUUUC